AUGUCGACAUCGGGUCAUCAGUCUCGUGGGUUUCAGACCACCAUCGAUAUUGCCCGGAAACAGGCUCAUCACGUAGCGCCCGUCGCAGGACAGAAGCGACCUUCAGAGCAGCUCUAUUUGGCGCCCGGGUUGGUCGCAAAGCAGGUUGCUUUCCGUGGCCGAAAUGCCAAUGCAGAAGACCUGCUGGAAUCCGCUCCGUUGGAGACGGCUCGUGAUCUGCUAACCGCCCCCGUACAGCGCUUUACCGCCAGCCAGAUUCGUCUUGCUGCUGGUGCUGGUGAGGCCCAGGAUGGAGAUCGGCAAAGGGGUGCGUCGGCCCCGCCUUCGAGUCAGAACCCCUUGCUGUUUCUUGCUAAUCCAAAGUAUGGCCUGCCGCCGGCUUUGAUCGCGAAUUUUGCCGCUCUGGGGGUUAGGAGUAUCUACCCGUGGCAGGCGUCUUGUCUUUUGGCCAAGGGAUUACUCUCUGGAGAAAGGCAUUUGGUUUAUACGGCUCCGACGGGCGGUGGCAAAUCUCUUGUUGCUGAUGUAUUGCUUUUGAAACGAAUUAUUGAGAAUCCUGGGCGCAAGGCGCUUCUGGUUCUACCUUAUGUUGCACUGGUCCAAGAAAAGCUUAAGUGGAUGCGGCACAUUGUGCAAGAUGUCGAGAAAAAUAUCCCCGACGAAGAAGAAAGCGACGCCAACUUCCCUCGCAGGCGAUGGAAGCGGCUGCAGAAAAAUAUUCGUGUGACGGGGUUCUUUGGUGGAAGUCGAACGACAGCCACCUGGGCCGAUACCGACAUCGCUGUUUGUACAAUAGAGAAGGCCAAUUCGUUAAUAAAUACCGCGAUCGAGGAGUGUAGUAUCGGAGAAUUGGGAGUCGUGGUUCUCGACGAGUUACACAUGCUCGAUGAUGAGCACCGGGGAUAUCUUUUGGAACUCAUGGUGACGAAGCUGCUGCUAUUGCAGCAGGAUAUCCAAAUCAUUGGAAUGAGCGCCACGCUUUCUAACACCGAGAUGUUGGCACAGUGGAUGAAUGCCAAAUUUUUCAUUUCCACUUACAGACCUAUCCCCAUUGACGAAUACUUGGUCUACGAGAAUGGGAUAUACCCAGCCGCAACCUCAAGACAAUUGUUCCAAACAGCGUCCAAGCUGACUGCAGCCGCCUCAUUACACGACACCAUUCCCCCACACCGAAUCAUCGAGCCAUCUACCUUCAAGCAACUCGGCAACUCUUCCACCAAUGCCAUGGUAGCGUUAGCAGUCGAGACUGCGGCUGCUGGAUUUGGAUCAUUGGUAUUUUGUGGCAGCCGUCAUGCAUGUCAGAUCCACGCUACAACUAUUGGCGAAGCCAUGCCGCCAGCGGAGCCCGAAGAGUUAAAUGAACGCCUCGAUCUUCUGGCGGAAUUACGAAGUCUCUCCUGCGGGCUGGACCCGGCUCUGGAGACAACAAUCGUCAAAGGAGCAGGGUUUCACAAUGCUGGAAUGAUGGCAGAAGAGCGGGAACUCAUUGCACAGGCGUAUGACCAGGGUGUGUUGAAAGUCCUCGUGGCCACAUGCAGUCUUGCUGCUGGUGUUAAUCUUCCGGCACGGAGAGUAAUUAUAAUUGGCGCGAGAAUGGGCCGUGAUCUGGUAGGACCGGCAAUGCUUCGCCAAAUGUGCGGCCGUGCAGGACGCAAAGGCAAGGAUGAAGCCGGCGAGACCUAUUUAAUAUGCGCCAAGGCCGACAUGCAAGCCGUGUGUGAUUUGCUAGACGCAGACAUGCCGGCCAUUGAAAGUUGUCUGGGACCCGAGAAAAGAGGCCUCAAGAGAGCGUUGUUAGAAGCAAUAGCAACGGGACUGGUGUCUGGAUGCGAAGCAAUUCAAGACUAUGUCCGGUGCACCUUGCUCUAUCGCGCUCUGGACAAGAAACUUGCCUACACUAUAAUGAAAUCCGCACUUCAAGAACUAGUCAACGAAGAACUUCUUAUCUUCAAAGACGAUGAAUCGUACGAAGCCACCCCACUGGGACAGGCCGUCGUGGCCUCAGCCUUCUCACCCGAAGACGGCCUAUUCGUCCACGAAGAACUAAAACGCGCAAUGCAAGCCUUCGUCAUGGACGGCGACAUGCACAUCUUCUACAUGUUCACUCCCCUCCAAGCAGCCAUGAACACAUCAAUCGACUGGCAGACAUUCCGCGACCAACUCGACCGAUUGGACGAGAGCGGUCUCCGCGCACUACAAUUCGUCGGCGUCCAACCAGGUUUCGUUAACACAAUGGUCCAAACAGGCGCCUCUUUAAAAGAAUCAGACCCCACCCAAAUGAAACAAGCCCGCAUCUACCGCCGCGCCUACACAGCCUUCCAGCUACGUGAUCUAAGCAACGAAGUCCCCCUCUCGACAAUAUCCACCCGCUACAAAAUCCCCCGCGGCACACUCCAAGCUCUGGCCCAACAGUGCCACGGUUUCGCGGCCGGUAUCGUCAAAUUCUGCCAGCGUAUGAAUUGGGGUAUGCUCGCUGCUGUGCUGGAUCAUAUGCGCGAUCGACUCGAGGCCGGUGCCCGCGCGGACCUACUAGAGAUGGCACAGGUUACCUUCGUUAAGAGCUGGACUGCGCGACUUUUGAGGGAAAAUGGGUUCAAGAAUCUUAGGGCUUUGGCCGAGGCCGAGCCCAAAGAUUUGGUCCCUGUGCUUAUGAUGGCAAACCCACGCAAAGCGCAGAAAAGCCAGCUCUAUCCCACCGAGGCAGAGAGAUACGCUGCGAAGCUGAAGGACAAGGCCGAGACGAUAAUUGCGCAUGCGAAUAAGAUAUGGGACCGAGAGAUGCAGUUCGAGUUGGAGGAAUGA